GAAGAACGCUUUUCUAUUCCAUCCAAAUCCAUCCAGCAGAAAAAACACUUCAAAGCGGAUCGCUGGUUAGCACAAUAUUCCCAAAUACAAGCUCCGUUCGGCCACAGCAUAUGACGGUCUUCUGAGGCGUCAUCAUGUUUGAGGCUCAUGUGUUGCAUCUGCUUCGAAAGUAUUUGGGAGAAUAUGUUCAUGGACUUUCUGCAGAAGCUCUAAGGAUAAGUGUCUGGAAAGGUGAUGUCGUUCUUAAAGACUUGAAGUUGAAGGCUGAGGCACUUAAUUUACUAAAGCUUCCUGUCACUGUCAAAGCUGGCUUUGUUGGUACGAUAACAUUAAAGGUCCCGUGGAAGAAUCUGGGCAAAGAACCUGUUAUUGUUCUUAUAGAUCGUGUCUUUGUUCUUGCCAAUCCUGCUCCCGAUGGAUGGAUGCUCAAGGAGGAAGACAGGGAAAAACUCUUUGAAGCCAAACUUCAACAGAUUGAGGAAGCAGAAUCGACAAUCCUUGAAGCAAAAGCUAGAUCAAAGCAGGAAAAUCCACCUGUUGGAAAUUCAUGGUUGGGUUCUUUAAUUUCUACCAUAAUUGGAAAUCUCAAGAUUUCCAUCAGUAAUGUGCAUAUCAGAUAUGAAGAUUCCAUCAGUAAUCCGGGACAUCCAUUUUCUUCAGGAAUUACCCUAGCAAAGCUUGCUGCUGUUACGAUGGAUGAACAGGGUAAUGAAACCUUUGAUACCAGUGGUGUGUUGGAUAAAUUGCGAAAGUCUUUGCAACUUGAGAGGUUAGCUGUUUAUCAUGACUCCGACAUCCUUCCCUGGAAGAUUGAUAAGAAAUGGGAAGAUCUUAGUCCGGAGGAAUGGAUUGAGAUAUUUGGAGAUGGCAUUAAAGAACCUUUAUCUGAUCGUGGAAUGGUUUCUGUUUGGGCUUGUAAUCGCAAAUACAUGGUCUCACCUAUUAAUGGAGUUCUUAAAUAUUAUCGUCUUGGAAAUCAAGAAUUAAAGGAGACAGAAAUUCCUUUGGAGAAGGCAUCACUUGUUGUCAGCGAUGUUUCUUUAGUGAUUACAGAGGCCCAGUAUCAUGAUGUUAUAAAACUUAUGGAAGUCAUAUCGAGAUAUAAGACACAUGUUGAUGUAUCUCACUUGAGACCCUUUGUGUCAGUUUCAGAGAAUCCUCAUCUUUGGUGGCGUUAUGCUGCUCAGGCCAGUCUGCGGCAAAAAAAAAUGGGCUAUCAAUUCUCAUGGGACAGAAUUCGGUACCUUUGUCAACUUCGUCGGCGUUAUAUUCAACUAUAUGCUGCUUCGCUGCAGCAGUUGCCAAACGUUGAUCAUUCUGAAAUGAGGGAUAUUGAGAAAGAUCUGGAUUCUAAAAUAAUCCUUUUAUGGAGGUUACUUGCACAUGCUAAGGUUGAAUCUGUAAGAUCAAAAGAAGCAGCACAAAGAAGGAGGCAAAUGAAGAGAAGCUGGUUUUCUUUUAGAUGGGGUACUUCCUCUGAAGAUUUCUCUGAUGCAAAUUCUCCAGAGGGAUCACAGUUGAUGGAGGAAAGGCUGACUAAAGAAGAAUGGCAGGCAAUUAAUAAAUUAUUGAGCUACCAGCCUGAUGAAGAGUUGGCUUUCCAUUCAGGAAAGGAUGGGCAGAAUAUCAUGCGGUUUUUGGUGAAUGUCUCUAUUGGUCAGGCGGCUGCACGUAUCAUUGAUAUCAAUGAGACCGAGAUUAUUUGUGGUAGAUUUGAAGAACUUCAUGUCACCACCAAGGUUUAUAGUCGAAGCACCCAUUUUGAUGUGUCAUUGAGAUUCUAUGGCUUAUCUGCUCCUGAAGGUUCACUUGCACAGAGUUUUAUCAGUGAGAAGAAGGUGAAUGCUUUAGCUGCAAGUUUUGUGCAUUCACCAGUUGGGGAGAAUGUAGACUGGCUUCUUUCGGCGAAAAUUUCUCCAUGCCAUGUUACGGUGUUGCUGGAAAGUUGUGACCGGUUUUUAGAGUUUCUUAAGAGGAGUAAUGCAGUUAGCCCUACUGUUGCUUUGGAGACUGCAACUGCUUUACAGAUGAAGCUAGAGAAAGUGACUCGUAGAGCUCAAGAGCAGUUUCAAAUGGUGUUUGAAGAACAAAGCAGAUUUGCACUUGAUAUUGAUUUUGAUGCUCCUAAAGUUAGAGUUCCUCUGCGAACACAUUCAUCUACCAAAUGUGAUGGUCAUUUUCUUUUGGAUUUUGGUCAUUUCACACUGCACACCAAAAAUGAUCAGUGUGAUGAACAGAGGCAAAGCGUGUAUUCCCGUUUUUAUAUAUCUGGGCAAGACAUCGCUGCUUGCUUUAUGGAUUGCGGUCCAGACCAUGGGAAAUGUACCCUGGUCACUUCAACUUUUGGUAGUCAACUUUCUGGAUCACCUACCUCUAAAGAUAUGGAAAAUUUCCUUCCUCUGGUGGAUAGGUGUGGGAUGGCAGUGAUUAUUGAUCAGAUCAAAAUUCCUCAUCCAAGUUACCAGUCAACACGGGUUUUCAUUCAAGUGCCCAGUCUUGGAAUUCACUUCUCACCAGCUAGGUAUUGCCGAAUUUUGGAAUUAUUAAAUAGAAUCUAUAGUAUGCUGGAAAACAGAGGUCAGAAUACCAGUGAAUAUUCCCAAAUUGGUCUGGCACCUUGGAGUCCUGCAGAUCUUGCUACCGAGGCUAAAAUUCUCGUUUGGAGGGGACUUGGUAAUUCUGUAGCUGAGUGGCAGCCUUGUUUUAUUGUGUUAUCUGGACUGUAUCUUUAUGUCUUGGAGUCUGAAGUGUCCCAGAGUUACCAAAGAUGUGCAAGUAUGGCUGGUCGACAAAUAUAUGAAGUUCCGCCAACAAGUAUUGGUGGUUCUGCAUUUUCUAUUGCUGUGGCCUUUAGAAGAAUGGACUCUCUGAAGGCUCUGGAAUCUUCUAGCACCUUGAUUAUAGAGUUUGUAGACGAAGAAGUGAAAGCUACUUGGCUGAGAGGACUUACACGAGCCACUUAUAGAGCUUCUGCACCUCCAUCUGUUGAUGUACUUGAAGAAACAAGUGAUGGUGUGAAUGAACUAACUGAACCUCAACCUACUAAUUUUAAAACAGCCGACCUUGUUAUUAAUGGGAUAUUGGUGGAAACAAAGUUCCUAAUAUAUGGAAAGACUGGAGGUAAAGAUUCUGAGCAAGUCGAAGAAAAGCUAAUUCUUGAGAUAAUCGCUGGUGGCGGAAAGGUACACCUUAUUCAUUGGGGUGGGGAUCUUACGGUCAAGACAAAGCUACAUUCCCUUAAAAUUAAAGAUGAGCUUCAAGGUUGUUUAUCUACAUCUCCACAGUAUCUAGUCCGUUCUGUGCUGAAAGAUGACAUUAUAGUUGCUUCUCCUAGUGUAAAGGCUAAUGAGAAAGAGUUGUCUACGGUGUUUCUGGAGGAGGAUGAUAUUUUCAAAGAUGCUUUGCCAGAUUUCACAUGCAUCCUUGAUCCUGUGUUUUGUUCUGACACAAAGUUGGAUACUUUGGAUGUCAGUGACCCCUGUGAUGGGGUUGAUUCCAUUGAAGCUUUGAUGCAGGAUACUACAACAAAGAGGAAGGGAGUUUUACAUGAGAUGUUCUAUGAAGCAGAAGAAAAUGGUACAUCUGAUUUUGUGGUUGUUAACUUUUCAACAAUAGAUCCCGGUUCGCCUGUUUAUGAUGGUAUUGAUACGCAGAUGAGCAUUCGCAUGUCCAAACUGGAAUUCUUCUGCAACAGGCCUACUCUUGUUGCUUUAAUUGGCUUUGGCUUGGACCUGAGCUCUGCAGGUUCUGCUGUAAGCUACACAGAAGAAAAUGAUAUUCCAAGAGUUGAAGCUUCUCAUAGCAGAGAAAAGGCAGAAGAAAAUGCGCGCUCUUUUGUUAAAGGAUUGUUAGGUUUCGGUAAAGGCCGUGUAGUAUUUCGUCUAAAUAUGGAUGUUGACAGUGUGUACGUUUUUCUCAAUAAGGAGGAUGGUUCUCAGCUUGCAAUGUUUGUGCAAGAAAGCUUUCUGUUGGAUCUGAAGGUUUAUCCAAGUUCUUUUUCUAUAGACGGGACACUAGGAAAUUUCAAGCUCUGUGAUAUGUCCCUUGGAGCAGAUCAUCGGUGGGGUUGGCUUUGUGAUAUACGUAAUCAAGGAGUCGAAUCCCUUAUCAAGUUUACAUUUAAUUCGUAUAGCGCUGAAGAUGAUGAUCAUGAAGGAUAUGAUUAUAGCUUGCGUGGCCGCCUUUCUGCAGUACGCAUUGUUUUCCUCUAUAAGUUUGUUCAGGAGAUAACUUCGUACUUCAUGGAACUUGCCACUCCACAUUCUGAAGAAGCAAUUAAGCUUGUUGAUAAAGUGGGGGGUUUUGAGCAGCUGAUUCACAAGUAUGAGAUAGAUGGAGCCACUGCACUAAAGCUGGAUCUUUCACUGGAUACCCCAAUAAUUAUCAUACCGAAGGAUUCAAAGAGUAAAGAUUUCUUGCAACUUGAGUUGGGCCAGCUACAAGUGAGAAAUGAAUUCAGCUGGCAUGGCUGCCCAGACAAUGAUCCUUCGGCUGUUCAUCUUGAUGUUCUUCACGUUGAGAUAGUCGGAAUCAACGUGGCUGUCGGAGUCGAUAGUCAUAUAGGGAAGCCGAUGAUACAAGAAGCACAAGGGCUUCAUUUUUAUGUACGCCGCAGUUUGAGGGAUGUUUUCAGGAAAGUUCCAACAUUUUCUGUUGAAGUUAAGGUUGGUUCAUUGCAUGUUGUGAUGUCUGAUAAGGAAUAUAGUGUUAUUCUCGAUUGUUCAUACAUGAAUAUAAACGAAGAGCCGAAGCUUCCUCCCAGUUUCCGCAGCAAUAUAUCUGAUCCAAAUGAUACGAUACGCAUGCUAGCUGACAAAGUCAAUAUUAAUAGUCAGAUCUUCCUGUCACGUACUGUUACUAUCGCAGCAGUUGAAGUCAACUCUGCUUUACUGGAGUUGUGUAGUUGCAUUGACGAGGAAUCACCUCUAGCUCACAUUGCUGUAGAAGGUCUUUGGGUGUCAUACCGUAUGACUUCAUUGUCUGAAACAGAUUUUUAUGUAACUAUUCCUUUAUUUUCCAUUGUGGAUAGUCGUCCUGAUACAAAACCUGAAAUGCGCCUGAUGCUUGGAUCUUCUUCUAAUGUAUCUGGACAAUGUCUUCCUGUUUCUCUUAGUAAAAGUGCUUCUGUGAAGAUGAACUCUGAAGUUGCUUCUGACAUGGAUUUCCCAAAUUCAACUAUGUUGUUAAUGGACUACAGACUACGGUCUUCUUCAAGGUCAUUUGUGGUUCGCGUGCAGCAGCCUCGAGUUCUUGUUGUUCUGGACUUUCUUCUUGCUGUAGGUGAGUUUUUUGUGCCAAGUUUGGGAGCAGUGACAGGCAGAGAGGAUAUGCUGGAUCCUAAGAAUGAUCCUAUAAAUAGAAAGAACUGCAUAUUACUCUCAUCAUUUAUAUACAAGCAGAGGGAAGAUGUGGUGCGUCUGUCACCAUAUAGGCAGUUAAUAGCUGAUGCCCACGGGGUAGAUGGAUACACAUAUGAUGGCUGUGGGGGCACAAUCUGUUUAAGUGAGGAAAUCGAUCUGAAAGAAACAUCAGCUUUUAGAUUUCUGCCCAUUAUUGUUGUUGGAUGUGGUAAGAAGCUGCGGUUCAUGAAUGUAAAAAUAGAGAAUGCUGCCCUUUUGAGGAAGUAUGUGUACUUGAGCAAUGACAGCAGCUACUCAGUUUCUGUAGAAGAUGGUGUUGACCUCCUUUUCUUAGAAAGUUUCUCCUCUGAUAGUGAGAGAAAGAGUAUUGACCAUUUUCACGGAUCAAUAGAGUCACCAUCAGCUCCUGUUGCACACAAUAAUAGUGAUUUGAGUCAGAUACAAAAUUUUACUUUUGAAGCCCAGGUUGUCUCUCCUGAGUUCACCUUUUACGACAGUACAAAGUCAUUCCUUGAUGAUUCUUUGCAUGGUGAAAAGCUUCUCCGGGCAAAAAUGGAUCUGAGCUUCAUAUAUGCUUCAAAAGAAAGUGAUACUUGGAUACGAGCCCUGGUGAAAGAUCUUAUGAUUGAGGCUGGUUCAGGUCUCAUUAUUCUUGAUCCAGUGGACAUUUCUGGGGGAUAUACUUCUGUUAAAGAGAAGACAAAUAUAUCUGUGAUAUCUACAGAUGUAUGCAUCCACCUUUCACUGAGUGUUAUUUCCCUUGUCAUUAAGCUGCAAAAUCAGGCAGUUGCAGCACUACAAUAUGGAAAUGCAGAUCCACUGGCUUCUUGCACCAAUUUUGAUCGACUUUGGAUGUCCCCAAAAGGAAAUGGGCCUGGUUACAACCUUACCUUUUGGAGGCCCCGAGCUCCCUCAAACUAUGUUAUAUUGGGUGAUUGCGUAACAUCAAGGCCUAUCCCUCCGUCACAAGCAGUACUGGCAGUUGGUAAUACUUAUGGGCGUGUACGGAAACCUCUUGGUUUCAAGCUCAUUGGUUUCUUCUCUGAUAUUUAUGGAUUGGAAGGAGAUGAAGCCCAAUCUGAUGACGUCGGUGAUUGCUCACUUUGGUUACCCAUUGCACCACCCGGAUAUUCAGCAUUAGGGUGUGUAGCACACAUGGGAAACCAACCACCACCAAGUCACAUCGUUUAUUGCAUACGUUCUGAUCUGAUGACUAAUACAGUAUAUUCAGAGUGCAUUUUUAGUAUUCCAUCAAAUCCAAAGUUCUCCUCUGGAUUUAGCAUUUGGUGCCUUGAUAAUGUUGUUGGAUCAUUUUUUGCCCAUCCUGCUCCAGACUGCCCUUCCAGCACUGGUUGUGAGCUUGCUCAUAUUCUCUUAAGAAACUCGAACUGGUUCCGUUCUUCCUCAGAAAAUUCUGCAUCAGAUGGCAGUCAUAACCAAGGCUAUGGAGGUCAGCAAGGAAGUAAGGAGAGUGCUAGUUCCUCUGGUUGGGACAUUCUCAGAUCAAUUUCAAAAUCCAGUAAUUGUUAUAUAUCAACCCCACAUUUCGAGAGAAUUUGGUGGGACAAGGGUGGUGACCUUCGUCGAGCAUUUUCGAUAUGGAGACCAAUACCACGUCCUGGAUAUGCCAUACUUGGUGACUGCAUCGCUGAGGGCUUAGAACCGCCUGCUCUGGGAAUCAUUUUUAAGGAUGAUAAUCCCGAAAUAUCUGCAAAGCCUGUGCAAUUCACUAAAGUUGCCCAUUUGGUGACAAAAGGUCUUGAUGAAGCUUUCUUUUGGUACCCAAUUGCUCCCCCGGGUUACACUUCUUUAGGAUGUGUUGUAUCAAGAAAAGAUGAACCACCACCUAUAAGCUCCUUUUGCUGCCCACGUAUGGAUCUUGUUAACCAAGCUAACAUUCCAGAGGUUCCCAUUUCAACAUCUACCAGUUCAAAGGGUUCUCACUGCUGGAGCAUUUGGAAAGUUGAAAAUCAGGCCUAUAGUUUCCUUGCCCGUUCUGAUCUGAAAAAACCAUCUAGCCGUUUGGCUUACAGUAUAGGUGAUUCAAUGAAACUGAAGACACGGGAGAACAUAAGUGGUGAGAUUAAGCUAAGAUGCUUCUCUUUGACAGUGGUAGACAGCUUAUGUGGAAUGAUGACACCACUGUUUGAUACAACUAUUACAAACAUCAACCUUGCAACACAUGGUAGACUGGAAGCGAUGAAUGCGGUACUGAUAUCUUCAAUUGCUGCUUCCACAUUCAACACACAAUUAGAAGCAUGGGAACCGCUGGUGGAGCCGUUUGAUGGAAUAUUCAAGUUUGAAACAUAUAACACCAGUUUUGAUAUAACAUCAAGAGUCGGAAAGCGAGUGCGUGUUGCUGCAACAAGUAUUGUAAAUGUGAACAUUAGUGCUGCAAAUGUUGAGACUUUUGCAGAAACUAUAGUCUCAUGGAGAAAACAGGCAGAAUUUGAGAAGAAAUCUGUCAAAGUAAAUGAUGACGCUAGUAGCCAUCUCAGAGACGGAGUAGAUUCAGCUUUUUCAGCAUUGGAUGAAGAUUUUCGGACCAUGGUUAUAGAGAAUAGGCUUGGAUGUGAUAUUUAUCUCAAGAAAGUUGAGCAGAAUUCUGAAACUCUUGAGCUGCUACAUCAUGAAGACUGCAUUUCUGCAUGGAUGCCACCUCCAAGGUUUUCAGAUAGGCUGAAUGUUGCAGCUGAGUCUAGAGAAGCAUGCUGUUAUGUUGCUGUACAGAUAUCUGAGGCCAGGGGUCUACCUAUUGUUGAUGAUGGAAAUAGCCAUAACUUCUUCUGUGCUUUACGCCUUGUUGUUGAUAGUCUGGAAACUGAUCAGCAAAAGCUUUUCCCUCAGAGUGCAAGGACUAAAUGUGUGAAGCCUUCAAUUUCCAAGAAUAAUAACCUAACUGCAGGCACUGCCAAGUGGAAUGAAUUAUUCAUAUUUGAAGUUCCUCGGAAGGGACUGGCUAACUUGGAAGUUGAGGUGACAAACCUAGCAGCAAAAGCUGGAAAAGGUGAAGUUGUUGGUGCAUCUUCCAUUCCUGUUGGACCUGAUGUAAACAAGCUGAAGAAGGUGGCUUCAUUGAGGAUGCUGCAUCAGCCAUAUGAUGGUCAAAAGCUUGCCUCGUAUCCACUAACAAGAAGGGGCCAGCUGAGAACUGAUGAAGGAAUAAGUAGUUAUGGAUGUUUGCUUGUUUCUACUUGUUCUUUUGAAAGGAAGACAGUUGCAAACCUUCAUUGGGAGAUGGAAAGUGUGAAUCAGACUGAUAGGGACUCAGGUUUCUGGGUGGGUCUUGGCCCAGAGGGACCAUGGGAGAGCCUUCGAUCAUUAGUGCCAUUGUCAGUUACUCCUAAAACAUUGAAAGAAGAUUUCAUUGCCUUACAAGUUGUCAUGAAUAAUGGGAAGAAGCAUGCUAUAUUCAGGGGCCUUGCAACAGCCGUAAAUGACUCAGAUGUCAAGUUAGAUCUAUCUGUCUGUCCUAUUCCUAUGCUCCAUAACACUGCUCUUUCACCUUCAGAAUCAAGCAGUUACACUGUUAUUGGUCCAGGAUCAUCAACUGUCUUACCCUGGAGAAGUAUGGCCAAGGAUUCUGACUUAUGCUUGCAAGUUCGUCCUUUUGUCGAUUAUCCUCAGUCAUCAUACUCAUGGGGUCAUGCAGUUGCUGUGGGUUCCGGCUAUGCCUAUGAGAACAGCCAAUCCUUUGUCGACCGGAGUUCACUUUCUAGACAAAAUACCAUGAACCCAGGAAAUAUGAAUUCUAUUUUUACGUUUAGGUUGAAUCAGCUUGAGAAGAAGGAUAUUCUUUUGUAUUGCUCUCCUGGUAACAAUAGUAAGCAGUAUUUUUGGCUUAGUAUUGGCACAGAUGCCUCGGUGCUUCACACAGAACUAAAUGCACCUGUGUAUGAUUGGAAAAUUUCUAUCACUUCUCCUCUGAAAUUGGAGAACAGGCUUCCUUGUCCUGCAGAAUUUACCAUCUGGGAGAGAACGAAAGAAGGGAAUAGUGUUGAGAGGCAACAUGGUAUUAUCACAUCGCGCAAUAGUGUACAUAUUUAUUCAGCAGAUAUCAGGAAACCUAUUUAUCUUUCAUUGUUUGUUCAAGGAGGUUGGGUUUUGGAAAAGGACCCUAUUCUGAUUUUGGACCUGUCUUCACUUGACCAUGUUUCAUCCUUUUGGAUGGUUCAUCAACAAAGUAAAAGGAAGCUGCGUGUGAGCAUUGAACACAAUAUGGGAGGAACUGGUGCUGCUCCAAAGACAAUCAGAUUUUUUGUUCCAUAUUGGAUAAGUAAUGAUUCAUCUCUGCCAUUGGCAUAUCGAGUGGUGGAAGUUGAAACUACAGACAACACAGAGCCUGAUUCGCUUUUACUCUCAAAAGCAGUUAAAUCUGCUAAGAUGGCCUUGAAAGGUCCUAUAAUGCCAAAUGACAGCAGAAAUCCUGGCACACGGAGAAACAUUCAAGUACUAGAAGUAAUUGAUGACACAAGUCCAACUCCUGUCAUGCUAUCUCCACAAAAUUAUGUAAGCCGUGGUGGCGUUUUGCCUUUUCAAUCUCGAAAUAAUGCUUCUCUAUCACCACGUGUGGGAAUUGCUAUUGCUAUUCGCCAUUCUGAACAUUACACUCCUGGAAUUUCUCUUCUUGAACUGGAAAACAAGGAACGGGUUGAUGUUAAGGCAUUUGCACCAGAUGGAUCUUAUUACAAGCUCUCAGCCCUGCUUAACAUGACAUCUGACAGAACAAAGGUUGUACAUUUUCAACCACAGACUGUAUUUAUCAAUAGGGUUGGUCGCAGUCUUGCACUGCAGCAAUGUGGGACUCAACCAGUGAAACUAAUCCAUCCUAAUGAUCCUCCAACACAAUUCCAAUGGCAAUCCAAGGAAAAAGUUGAACUGUUGAAGAUGUGUGUGAAAGGAUACAAAUGGAGUAAACCAUUUAGCAUUGGAAGUGAGGGUGUGAUGUGUGUCUCUAUGAAGAAUGAUAGAGGAAGUGACCAAAUGUAUGUUAGAGUCGAAGUACAAAAUGGAUCAAAAUAUUCACGCUAUGAAGUUGUUUUUCGCCCUGCAUCAUUGUCAAGCCCUUACAGGAUUGAAAAUCGUUCUAUGUUCUUACCCAUACGUUUUCGACAAGUAAAUGGUACCAGUGAUUCUUGGUGGUGUCUUUUUCCUAAUUCGGCAGCUUCCUUUUUAUGGGAAGAUCUUGGUAGGCAACGAUUAUUGGAAGUCAUGGUAGAUGGAGCUGACCCCUCAAAAUCAGAGAAGUAUAAUAUCGAUGAGGUUGCUGACCACCAGCCCAUCCAUGAACCUGGUGGAGGACCUACUAGCGCUUUGCGUAUUACUGUCCUAAAACAAGAGAAGAUGAAUGUUGUUAAAAUUAGUGACUGGAUGCCAGAAAAUGGACUUAAUGCAGUUAUGCCCGGAAGAUCCCCAUCAUCUUUGUCUCAUAUGUCUCAAAGUGAUUUGCAACUUCAACAAUCUCAGGCAGAUUGUGAAUUUCAUGUCAUUGUUGAGCUUGCAGAGCUGGGGUUAUCCAUUAUUGAUCAUACUCCUGAGGAGAUACUCUAUCUUUCAGUGCAGAAUCUUCUUCUGUCACAUUCCACUGGCUUGGGAUCUGGAAUUAGUAGGUUUAAGUUACGGAUGAAUGCAAUCCAGAUAGAUAACCAGUUGCCAUUGACACCAAUGCCUGUUAUCUUAAGGCCACAGAAAGUUGGAGGACAGAUUGAUUACAUCUUGAAAUUAUCUUUGACAGCACAAUUAAAUGGAUCCCUGGAUUUAUGCAUCUACCCAUAUAUUGGUUUCUAUGGUCCUGAAAAUAGUGCUUUUUUGAUAAACAUCCAUGAACCUAUCAUAUGGCGCAUUCAUGAAAUGAUCCAGCGAGUAAACCUCAGUAGGUUUCAUGACAGUCAAACAACUGCCGUCUCAGUUGAUCCGAUUAUACAAAUUGGGGUGUUUAACAUCUCUGAAAUUCAAUUCAAAGUGUCAAUGGCUAUGUCACCAACUCAACGACCAACAGGUGUACUCGGAUUUUGGUUGUCCUUGAUGACUGCAUUGGGGAAUACAGAGAAUAUGGCAGUCAGGAUCAAUCAAAGAUUUCAUGAAGAUGCUUCCAUGCGGCAGAGUGCCCUUAUUAGUACUGCCAUUUCAAACAUUCAGAAGGAUCUUCUCAGUCAGCCUCUUCAACUGCUCUCGGGUUUUGAUAUACUUGGAAAUGCAAGCAGCGCACUUGGAAAUAUGAGCAAAGGUGUUGCAGCUUUAUCAAUGGAUACAAAGUUCAUCCAAAACCGGCAGAGACAGAAAAGCAAAGGUGUGGAGGACAUUGGUGAUGUUAUCAGAGAGGGAGGUGGAGCCCUAGCGAAAGGACUGUUUAGAGGAGUCACUGGAAUUUUGACAAAGCCUCUUGAAGGUGCAAAGUCUUCUGGCGUAGAGGGUUUUGUUCAGGGUGUUGGCAAAGGAAUAAUAGGUGCAGCUGCACAACCCGUGAGCGGGGUCCUGGAUCUCCUGUCAAAAACUACUGAAGGUGCAAAUGCUAUGAGAAUGAAGAUAAUAUCUGCUAUAACUUCAGAGGAACAAUUACUUCGCAGGAGGCUGCCCCGAGUAAUUAGUGCGGAUAAUUUGCUCCGACCAUAUGAUGAGUACAGAGCACAGGGUCAGGUUAUAUUGCAACUGGCCGAGUCUGGUGCAUUUUUUGGCCAGGUUGAUCUCUUUAAAGUCCGGGGGAAGUUUGCUCUGUCUGAUGCUUAUGAAGACCACUUCUUACUUCCAAAAGGAGAGAUACUUGUGGUCACCCAUCGAAGAGUUAUAUUAUUACAAAAACCCUCUAACAUAAUGGCACAGAGGAAGUUCAGUCCCGCAAGAGACCCAUGCUCGGUAUUGUGGGAUGUCUUAUGGGAUGACCUCAUGACAGUUGAAAUGACUUAUGGAAAGAAAGACCAUCCAAGCUCUCCGCCUUCACAGCUUAUUCUCUACUUACAGACAAGAUCGAUGGAGUUGAAGGAUCAUACCCGUGUUAUAGAAUGCAGCUGUGGAACUCAGCAAGCUCUUGAAAUUUAUUCUUCAAUAGAGCAAGCAAUGAACACCUAUGGACCGAACCACUCAAGGGCAAUGAAGAAAAACAAAGUGACAAAACCAUAUUCACCAAGUACCCAUGGCACUUCUGAAGUACUUCCAAAAGGAGGAGCCCUUCUUUGGAGUAGUUCCCAACAAGUCCCCGCGUUGGUUUCCCUGAGCUCAACUUUUGGCAGCAGUGCAACUUGAUUAAUCAAAUGGCAAGGUUCAGAAACUCAGUGCCUGUGGGAACAGUGACUGUUUGUGUCAAAACCAUUUUAAUCUAGAGAUAAUGAUCAGUAGACUUACACAUGCCAUUGAAAGGUAGCCCAAACUCUAUUUUUUAAGAACCUCUGUUUAAUGUAUGGUGUGAAUCCUCUCCAUUGUUUUUUCUCUCUGAAAAAUUAUGAAAUGUAUAAUCCCUAGUUUUCAUUCUUUGAAGAACUUGUUAGACAUUAAAUAAUAUUUUCUUUUUUAGACAAACAAAAAAUACUUGUAAUAUUUAGUAUAUGCAGGAAAUGGAAUUGCCUCAUGAAUUUAUUCAAAAUUGUGACCUCAGCACU